GGGUGCAGGGAGCCUCCUGGCACCGAGCCUGGCCUUGAAGUGCGGGCUCCCACGGGCCUGAAGCCUAAGUCCCCACUCAGCCUCAGUUUCCCCUUCUAAGCCAGGGUGUUGGGAGGAGUCCAUGCCUUCCUCUGGGUUUCCGUUCGCGGUCCACGCAGCCCCCUCGGUUUUGGAUUAGGAAGGGAGGGUGAUGCCCGAGCUGUGACUGCAGUUUGAGAGGGCAAUGCUUAGCUCGCCAGCUGGAGUUAAGGGAGCGGCAAGACAGAGAGAACGAAGAGCCCCGAGGGUCGAGGACCCUGGAGCCCCUGACUACGGCUCCGCGCCGCGGCCAGGGCCAAGUCUUUGCCCCACAGACCCGGGCCUCGGUGUCAGAAUCCCUCCUACUUCCUGAUUGUUGAUGACCUUGUGACACCUGGCAGAGAGAAAGCCUGGGAGGCGGGGAGGCAUUACAACCCCCAAAUCCCAGCAAACUGCUUUUAGUGGGCACUCCUGACGGGGUUAGGAUGACAACGUCUGCGUCUGGCCCCCACAGCCUUAAAGGAGCCAAGGACACUUGUCAGCUGCCCAAAGGAGGAAGCAGAGGUCCCAUCUGCAGUCGGGGUGUCCUUUCCCUCCUCCCCAGUGAGAAGAGGGGACUGAAGCCCAUCCAGCCCCAGCAUUCCCAGACAGAGACUGUGCUGCUGUCCCAUGGUUGAUGGGGAGCCCAGGCCAUGGUUGCCGUCUCCCGCCCCGGCCAUGGACGAGAUCACCUUCAAAAGCGACACCGUGCUGUCAGACGUCCACCUCCACACCCCAAACCAGAGACACCUCAUGGUGCGGCUGAGUGGCGUGGGGCAGCCCGUCUUCCUGUCCCAGUUCAAGCUUCUGUGGAACCAAGCCCCUCAGACAGACUCGGGGGCUGAGGGUGGCAAUCACAGAGCCCAUCACGCAGAGGCGACUCCUCCCGCCAGAAGCGGCUGCAGCAGUGAGGGAGUCUCCCUCCAGGCUGGGGCUGACGCCACCAGCCAGGAGGGGGUGGCAGCUCAGCUGGACGAGGAUGGGGAUUUGGACGUUGUGAGAAGACCACGGGCUGCCUCUCCCUCCAAGCCCUCGGGGCCUCCGAGAGACAAGGUACAUCCCAUGAUUCUAACGCAGGAGGAAGAUGACGUCCUGGGAGACGAAGCACGAGAGAGUGGCCCCUACGAUGUCAUCAAAAUAGAGCACACCAUGGCCACCCCCCUGGAGGAUGUUGGCAAGCAGGUGUGGCGGGGCGCCCUGUUCCUGGCGGACUACAUCCUGUCCCAGCGGGACCUCUUCCAGGGUCGCACGGUGCUGGAGCUCGGGGCGGGCACCGGGCUGGCCAGCAUCCUCGCGGCCACCAUGGCGCAGACCGUCUACUGUACAGAUGUCGGUGCAGAUCUCUUGGCCAUGUGCCAGCGAAACAUUGCCCUUAACAGCCACCUGACUGCCGCUGGAGGCGGUGUGAUUAAGGUCAAGGAACUGGACUGGCUGAAAGACGACCUCUGCACAGGAACUUUUCUUUUCCCUGUCAGAUGUCAGCUUCUUUCAGUCUGUCUCGGUGAGAGCUGGUGGCCCGCAGAGAAAGGGCUGAACCCAAGGUGUCCUUCCCCUUUCACAGAUCCCGAGGUCCCCUUCAGCUGGUCGGAGGAGGACAUCUCCGACCUGUACGGCCACACCACCAUCGUGCUCGCGGCCGAAGUGUUUUACGACGAUGACCUAACUGAUGCUCUGUUUAAAACACUGUCCCGACUGGCUCACAGGUUGAAGAACGCCUCCACCGCCAUCCUCUCUGUGGAAAAGAGGCUGAACUUCACGCUGCGGCACCUGGAGGUCACGUGCGAGGCCUACGACCACUUCCGCUCAUGCCUGCGGCGACUGGAGGGGCUGACCGGUGGGCGCCUGCGCUUCGCGGUGGAGCCGGUGGACGUUUCCUUCCCGCAGCUCUUGGUCUACGAGCGCAUCCAGCAGCUGGAGCUCUGGAAGGUCUUUGUGGAACCAGUAACAGAACCCAUCGUGUCUGCAGACACAGCUUCUUGACCGUUCUUGUGAUGUUUCUAAUAAAAUUGAAAGCUCACAAAGUAA